UCCAUUUUUUGGGCUCUUUUCCCAAAACUCGACCCCAUUCACUCAGCUGGGGUUGAUGGUAGGGAUCAGCUGGGGGGCAGGGCUGGAGGGUGGGGAUGAGAUUCCAGGGAGACCCCCGAGCCCCAGGGCUGGAUCUGGAUCCGAUCUCUGCUCCGGGAAGUGAACCAGGAGCACCCCCGUGGCAGCCUGGAGCUGCUCCUGGGUCACACCCUCGUGGUCCUGGAUGUGUGGGGGACACCCAGCAAGGCGUGAGGUCACCCUGGCACCAGGGCAGGUCCCUGUGUCCCCCAGCACAACGUGAUGUCUCCUGUCACAGGGGACAGGUCCCUGUGUCACUGUCACCCAGCACAGUGUGUCACCCUGUGUCCCCCAGCACAGGGUGGUGUGUCCCUGUCACAGGGGACAGGUCCCUGUGUCCCCCAGCACUGUGUGGUGUGUCCCUGUCACUGGGGACAGGUCCCUGUGUCCCCCAGCACUGUGUGGUGUGUCCCUGUCACUGGGGACAGGUCCCUGUGUCCCCCAGCACAGGGUGGUGUGUCCCUGUCACUGGGGACAGGUCCCUGUGUCCCCCAGCACUGUGUGGUGUGUCCCUGUCACUGGGGACAGGUCCCUGUGUCCCCCAGCACUGUGUGGUGUGUCCCUGUCACAGGGGACAGGUCCCUGUGUCCCCCAGCACUGUGUGGUGUGUCCCUGUCACAGGGGACAGGUCCCUGUGUCCCCCAGCACUGUGUGGUGUGUCCCUGUCACAGGGGACAGGUCCCUGUGUCCCCCAGCACUGUGUGGUGUGUCCCUGUCACUGGGGACAGGUCCCUGUGUCCCCCAGCACUGUGUGGUGUGUCCCUGUCACUGGGGACAGGUCCCUGUGUCCCCCAGCACUGUGUGGUGUGUCCCUGUCACUGGGGACAGGUCCCUGUGUCCCCCAGCACUGUGUGGUGUGUCCCUGUCACUGGGGACAGGUCCCUGUGUCCCCCAGCACUGUGUGGUGUGUCCCUGUCACUGGGGACAGGUCCCCCAGCACUGUGUGGUGUGUCCCUGUCACAGGGGACAGGUCCCUGUGUCCCCCAGCACUGUGUGGUGUGUCCCUGUCACUGGUGACAGGUCCCUGUGGCCCCCAGCAGCAGGAAGGGCUGUGCCAGGGGUGACUCUGGCCCCGAUGUGGUGACAUCCCCCUGCCUGGCUCUCCUGGGGAGGCGAGGGCCAUACCCCUGUCCCCCUGUCCCCCUGUCCCCCUUGUCCCUGCAGAGGUUGGUGACAGCCCCACCCUGUGCCCACCCUGCCCCAGCUCGUCCCCUCCUCACCUGAAAUCAGAGGCUCUGUCUGGGGGUCCCCCUCACUUCUCUGCAGAGGCUCAGCAGCUCGGAGGUGUUGAGUCAGUUUUGGGGGUCCCUUGGUCAGUCCAGGAGGCUGGGGGGGGUUUAGGUCCUGAGCAGGGCUGGAGGGAUUCCUGUGGAGUGCUGAGCAGGAUGGGGGAAUCUGGGGGGUGCUGCUUCCAGAGGAGCUCCUCGGUGUGCAGAGGGACCCUCGGGACCUUUCCCAGUGCUCUUGACUGGGAGCUGAGUGGGCAUCCCAGUUAACUGAGCUCAGGUGAGGAGGCAAAAGCAAGACCAACAUCGAUUUUGGGAAGGUUUUCCAUGUGGGGUCCUCCAGGU